AUUUGCUCAAGGCCGAAAUGUAAGAUCACUUCCCACACAUAUAUCUGAACCUAAGAUUAGUUGGAGCAAUGAUCAAGGCCAAUGGUCAAGUGGACCUACUAAAUGAUUUCAAGAAAUUCGAGACGUAAAUAAUUGGAAAAGAUGAUGUAAAUGUAGAAGCAUUAGAAAAUUUCGAGAAAUUCGUCCGAACAAUUGGAUUCGUCAUGAACCAGAAUCCCAAUAUUGACAUUGUUCAACUGGCCCUAAAGGAGCCUGAAAGUUCCAAGGUUUAUCAAGCAGCCAAAAGCAUGGCCUUGAGUCACCCGGAAACCUUGUACUUCGAUUGGAGUAAUCGGGAUGGGAUUCACCAACAUCACAUGGCCACCAUUCUUCAUCAUGGCUCAGUUCAAUCAGCCAUCUUUUUGAAAGACAUUACCAAAAUAUUAACUUGCAACGGUGAUGGGCAGAUCAAAAUGUGGAACGCCCUCUCGGGCGAAGUGCUUCAUCGAUUCACUGGUCACAAAGAGGCCGUUCUAUCGUUAGCCUUGUCACCUGACGGAGAUCUGUUUGCCUCCGGAAGCAAAGAUGGUAGCGUGAAAGUCUGGGAUUUGGGCAAUUUCCAAGACGAUGCUGACCUCGAGAUCAAACAACCGCCAAAACGUCGUUAUUCGAACGGUUUGGGUCGGUCCAAGAGCGUUCGUGGUUUCAAAACGAACAUGACCAAAUUGAUCACAGCGGAUCACGACCUCAGGGAUUUGAGCAACCAAAGCUUUCUGUUCCAAGAGUUGAACCAUGAGACGGUUUUGUUUGUGGAUUUUAAUGCCGAUGGAACAGAGGUCAUUGCCGGUGGUCUGUCUGGUACCGUGAAGGUGUUCAAUUUAAGGGCUCGUCGUCUUCGCUUGUCUUUGAUUGGACAUCACGAGCCAGUGAAUGUGUGCAGAUUCUUGCCUGAAAGAAGGUACAUUUUCACUGGUUCCGAUGACGCCACCAUUCGCGUGUGGAACAUGGAGAAUGGGAAAUUUCUCAGCUCGAAUGGACAGCACCUCAAACGAGUCACAGAUCUGGUUUUUGUGCCCAAAACCCAUAAGAUCAUAAGCUUAUCCUCAGAGAAGAUCCUUAUGUGGGAUCCCAACACCUUGAGACCAGGGCAACGGGAUUUCCCGGCACCAGACAGCCAAAUUUUCCAACGCACGCGCCAAUGCUCCUUUACCAAAAUGAGCUUGACCUCGAAUGGAGAGCAAUUGGCAGCUGCCUCAGAGGAUUAUCUAAUUACCGUCUGGGACGUUUUGACCACACAAGUGAUCGCUGCAUUGCCUGGACAUUCAGGACGGAUACUGACCAUGGAUAUUAGCACUCUUGACAACUUCUUGCUUUCUGGGGGUGAUGACGAGACCAUAAUGAUCUGGUCGUUGGAUGAUCUGCAAGUGAAAUCGAAGCAGCAAGUCAUCAGCCUUGGUCCAGCAUUUGAUGCCAAAUUAGAUCAAAUGGGAAAUUGCCGAAUCGUGGCCUCCGAUGACACAAACCGAAUUCAGAUUUUGAAGAAUGGAAAUCCCCAAUACAACUCCACAUCGGAGGGAAGUCUAAUUACCGCCGUCAGUCUGUCCGAUGAUUGUGAAACGGUGGCCUUUGGUUGCUUCAGCGGUGCCGUCAGACUAGUUCGUCCCAGUGAAGGCCUGGUGAGAGCUCUGGGAUCUCACACCAAACGGGUCAAUGAUAUCAAAGUCAGCUCGGAUGGACGGACUGUCACGUCUGUUAGUGAGGACGGAGUUCUUAUGAUCUUCGAUGAUGAAUGUGAGAGCGCCACUGUCAAGGCCUGUCAAUCUCCUUUGGUCGCGGUUCACUUUAUCACUCAGGACGAUUCCAUGAUCCUUACUCGAUCUCACAAUAACAACGUGGCCACCUGGAACUUGAAAGGUUAUCCCCUAAAUACAUGCCGACCAAGUGGAAGCGAACAAUUCACGUCUAUGGAUGGCUGCAAGGCUAAUGGUAUGCUCGCUUUGGGAUGCUCUAACGGGGUGGUCUCUCUUUUGGCCCUCAAGGAUCUGUCGUACAUUCGUCAGUUGGAAUAUGCAGAGCAAAAAGAUGUCCCAGUAACCGUGUGCAAAUUCAAUGUUGAGGGGAACUUGCUCGCUGUGGGAUAUGAUUCACAAUCCAAAAUGGUAAAGGAACGCAAGAAACAAAACGUCAAAUCGUUCACAGCCGUGAUUUGGAGCACAGGCAUUGAGCAGCAUUUGAUUAUGUCGUUUCAAUUGGAAAACUCUUGGUUGCGAGAUAUUGCAUUUAGCCAUGACAGCCGACAAUUGGUGACAGCAGGGGAUAAGAUUGCCUGGUGGUCGGUGAAAACAAUGUCCAAGCAAAGAUCAUCCAUCUUCCAAAGUCUUCCAUCUGAAGAGCUGAACCCACCCACCGAUCUUCUAAGCCGACGAAUUAGCCAAGGAAACAUAUUCCAACGCACUCCCAAAGGAUCUGGCAUCGAGGAUCACGAGCAAAUGUCCCCUGCCCAUUCACCACGGUCUCCACGAGGAAAUAAAGUCUGCGCCUUGGACUCCAAUCACUUGCUUCAGAUGUUCGAUAUCAAGGGCAGCUCCGUAUCCAGGAUCUUUCCAGCCAAGGACUUUCAGAAGUUUGCCACCAUCGAUGAUUCGGGCAUUGUUUACAUCUUGGAAGAAAUCCAGGAACCCAUCACAUUUCAGCUAUGAGCAUGACCAAUAAAGUUCUGUCGAAAUUGAUUUCCAAUCCCCACCCAAUCUUGCCAAACUGAAUUGGUUGGUUGGUUGUCUCAAAGUGGGAGGAUUAUUUGUCUAGCUCACCUUUGAUCUUGGCCCAUAAACCUACCACGUACGAGUAAACAUUUUAGCCCCGGAGAAUUAAGAUCACUUCACCCGACAGAUUGGCCGAGAUGCUCCUCAAUCAAUCUGAGAGAAAAUUGGACUUUCAGAUUAUCGAAAGAUAGCACAGAGAAGAGGUGUAAUCCUCGCUUCAUUUUCUCUUCUGGCUUGGUAUGAAAUACCUUGAAGAAGUUUCACUCUCAAAGGGCUCUCAUGCUUUCUAGAGUUAAAACCAAUUUUGUUUUCAAGUUUCGCGGAACUUUUACAAACGGCCGGCUUCAUCUUUUUGUCUUGUAACUUUCCGGCUAUUUGUAUCACGGGGAGAUGAGUUUUUGGAUCCUCCGUAAUCCUGGUCCACAUCCCUGAGUUCAGGCCUUAAACACUUUGUUGAGUGGAGGCCCAAAAUAGAGGCCCAACAACAACCUUCUGGCACAAAGAGUUAGUUUAAGUUGAAAGUUAAAAUGUGUUUUGUUGGUCUGAUAAGACAUGAGCAGCCUGAAUUUCAGAUUAGACUCUCUCGCUCUCUCUCUCUCUCUCUUGAUUUGGCAAUGGGAAAACUUUAAAAGACACAAUUAAGAAAACCUCGCAAUCCCGCGAUUUUAUGCAAACAAGAACAACAAAAGUCAAGGACAUGACGGAAAAUCCAUGGAAAACAUCUUUACUCGUUUUGGUCCACCAUUCUGUUCCUUAACCGAUUUGCGUAUAGUUUUGUUUCAACCACUUCAUUUUAAAAGUAUCCUUUCCCAACUACCUUUGCAUUGGGGUGUUCACACAUGUGAGCAGAUAAGCACAAGUACAUUGCAAAGCAACAUUAUUUUCUGAUAUUCAAUUGCAAGUGGCAUUACCCUCAUAUUUCUGUCCUUUAAGGAUAGCCGACAAUUCGAGCCUCACCAAUAAAAUGAAUGACAUUCUCGAUAGAGCUCAUAUUUUGACACGGAUCUCCUGAUUGGAAUGGAAAAACGUGUUCCCUCCUCAAUUUACCAAGUUCUCAAAACAGGUGGUUGGGUUGAACUGGAAAGUUGAUGAAGGAAGCCAGAACUUCUGGGGAUGAAGUGGUUGUAAAAGAAUGAGAUUCUCUGACGCAUGUCACUUCAAAUAAAGGCCGGCUCUUGACAGAUCCUUGAAUAGCGGAGAAAAGAUUUUGAUCUCAUUAACUUGAGACGAGCGAGAGAUUCUCCCGUUUCCCUUGAGUCAUUCUGUACAUCUUGAAUUCUUGACAAUUUGCCAAAUUCGUCAGCUGCUUCCAUCAACAAGGCAUGUUAUGAUGAGUGAGAAACGAGAUUGCUCCAUCUUAAACCUCAACAAGAAGAACGAGGAUCGAUUCCAUCAAGAAUGUGCGAGACCCACAGCAAAAAAUGUUCGUGAUGCCCCUUCUGGAAGUGGGUCUGGUGUUAAUCCAGAAUAUGGAGAAGGCCUUGUUAUAUUUCACUUUGGCUGUGAUCAGCGGUCUCUUCGUCAGUAUGUCUUGUUUGUGUGGACAUUGGGUGGCCUUGAAAUUAGCUCCAAAUGAGGAGCGGAACAACUUCUACGUUCCCACAAUGAAUAGAGGUCAAGUGGGUUCUUACGUGGAUAGAGUGAUGGUGGACAACGCUAAAUUUGAACUGCAAGAUCGAGAACGUGAGAUGAUGAUUGACCGAAAGUUGCUCAAAGAAAGAAAUGGAUCGUGGGUUUUUGUGCGAGAAACAUUAGUAUAAAGAAGAUCCGUGAGGAUUCUGAACUAAAGCAAAAUGCCUAUAUAAAAGUAUCUAGACAAAAUAAAAUUGUUCAAAAUC